GAGGAGCCAGAAGAGCUCCCAAAACACAAGAAACUGUCAGUGCAACUCAGCAUUUGAGCACCUUUCUCAUCUCUGGGGCUACGUGACACAAAGAACAACUUAUUUUGGGGGGGUGGGGAAAGCUUUAGCUUUUCCUGAAGAUGGUCUAUGGAGACUUGUGGCACAUACAUAACUUUCAGGUGCACAUAAAGAACAUCUCUGAAGCCUGAGAAAUUUUUAAAGAUAUUUUUCCAAGAAGAAUCAGUUUGAUAGACGUGAUUCUGAAACAGCUGUGAAAGGAGUUUACAAUAUUAAGUUGGUAUUUCUGCCUCUGUUUCUAGUCUGACAUACUAGAAAGUUGUUUUGCUACAUCUGUUAACUCUCAAGCAAGCCUACAGCUGUUAGGUACAGGUGGAUUUCUACAUAAUGAGACUGCUGGCUGCUUGAUUUCUGUUGAUAGUUAAUUUUUAUGCUUCAUUAUUCCUGAUUCUUUUUCCAAAAGCCUGUGGAAUUCUGAAGGGAUGGUAGGAAGGCUAAACCUGCCAGAUGUGUCUGAACCCCCAGGUAUGAAGAAGAAUGGUGAGAGGUUACUAGACAGCCCAGACUCUGGGCUUCCUCCCAGCCCAAGCCCAAGCAGUUGGCUUCUGUCCCCAGUGAGUACCGAAAGAGGACUUGGCAGCGGACUACCCGUGGCAGAUGGCAAUGAACAACCACCUACUCCUCAGAUCAGUGCCAGUGUUGCACUACCUGGCUGUGUGCCCAAGCUGUAUCCACUGUCCUUCGGAGAGGGAGUAGAAUUUGAACCUAUGCCACCAAAGGAAUUAAGGUAUACGUCUUCAGUAAAAUAUGAUUCAGACAGACACUUCAUAGACAAUAUUUUUCUUCCUGUUGGCUUGGGAUUUGCAUCAUAUAGUCAAACCAUCAUAUGUGUUCCUGACUGUACAUGGCGCAACUACAAGACAGAGCUCACCUUUGUUCCACGGAAUAAACCUCUGCAUUUCCUGAGCACAGUCAUUGUUUACCCUAAGCAUGCCAAAACUGUUUACACAACUACUCUGGAUUAUAACUGUAGGAAGACCACACAGCGCUUUCUAUCCAGUGUGGAACUUGAGGCUGCAGAAUCCAAUGCAAGUGAUUGUCUCCUGGAUGAAUACUGACUGAUACAUCACAUAGCAAAUCAACAAAGUCUAAAAAAGGAGUGUUAGCCCUCAAAACUGAACAGCCCAGUUAUAACCAGAUGUUGAAAUGAGAUAUCCAAUCUGCAUGCAAGCUCUAGCCUUCAUCUUUUCUCAUUCAAAGUGUAAUGCUGUUAAUGCAGAAUGCAGAAACCUGAAAUGGACAAAACAUUUCAAGUCAAGGACAUCUUGACUUUAGCUACAAUUUCUCAUAAGUGAAAUGCAAAGGCUGCAGUUACCUUCUAGAAUGUGUUUACAGCAUAUACCGCUGGGAUUCAGGCAGUGGCAUGUGACAGAUGUAAAACAUAUCAGCAAGAGUGAAAUAUUACAGAGUGGUCUCAAACUGAUAAUCUCCGAGUGCAGUUUAGUACUUGCUAAGAUCCCUUCAGCCAUAACAGAAGGUAAUGAGGUCCAGUCUACAGCAGCAGCUAAAGAGAUAAUGUUUACCUGGUGCAGUUAACUAAUGUCUCCUUUUUCAGUUUGGUUGCUCCAGCUGUAUGUAACUUCCUUAGUGAGGCAUCCAGUUUUGUACUGUUAGCUUACCAGAAAUGGCCUGUUCUGUGUAAAUAUUUGUUAUCUAUUGGGAGUUACAUAUUAAAGUGUUUGCUUAAAAAUGUAUUGCAAGGUUAACAUUUUAGGAUUAUUUUAAAUUGCAGAUGCUUGUUUUUUGCUUUUUUGUCAGUUUGUGAGGGCUAUUGUUUUCUUUUAAUUUAUUGCUUUAUUUUACGUUAACAGUUUAUCUUUCCAGGAACUCACACUGCUUUAUUUAUGUGAAAUGAGGGAUACUAGGCAUUUUAAAUCACCAGUGACAAUCGAGGUGUUAAUAAGUAGGUGGAAGGUAAUUAAAAUAAAAACCCUGGUCUUGCUUAUUGAGGUAACUGAAUGACUGUUUCUUAAAAAUAGUGGUAACUUGUACUGAGUAAAAUUUCUAGAGUCAGCAAGCAGUAGCUACGCUGGAGAAUUGAUAUCCUUAAGACCAUUUUUAUCACUUCUGAAUGAUGAACACCAUAAGCUCACAAAGUAAUAGCUUCAUCAUUCAACCAUAUGAUUUGAUCAGCAGAAAAAAGCCAACAACAAUAGAUAGUUGUGAGCAAGUCCCACUAUACUAAUAUGGGUCUGUUAAUAGGGGUACUGACAAAAUACUCCUUUUAGAUCCAUGUGUUGUAACACGGAGCUUUUAGUUGAGGCAGGUGUACUAAUGGAGGGAUAACUGUCAGUUUACUGACAUGGGGUUUUAGCACACACAGGUAUAACAACAAUGGGCUGACAUGGGCUGCAGGUGCACUAAUGGGCGUGUCAGUAGCAGCAAUAGGAGAAAGCUACCUGUGGAUACAAUGCAAAUGCUUUAACGGAGAACUCUCAGCAGGUACAGGUAUACAGAUAGAAGUUGGUUAGUCAGUGCAGGUGUAGUAAUAGAGAGCUAGUGACUGAAACAACAUGUACUACCAAAGGACUUUCAGCAGGUAAAGAUGCAGUGGCACAGGGAUGAUAGCAGGUGCAAGUGUCCUGAUGGAAAACUAAGAGCAGAAGCAGGUAUACAGAUGGUAGCCAGUCAGUGAGUGCAGGUGAACUGAUAGAGGAAUGGUAGCAGAAACAGAUGUGCAAAUGGCCAUAAGUCAAACAAUAUAGUUAUACUGAUGGAAAGCUAACAGCAUUAAUAGAUAUACAAGUGGAGACCAGUCUGUGAGUGCAGGUGGACUGAUAGAGGACUGGGAACAGUAACAGAUGUACAAAUGGCUGUAAGUCAAGGGGUACAGGUGUACUGAUGGAAAGCUAAUGGCAUUAAUAGGUAUACAGGUGGAGGCCAGUCUGUGAGUGCAGGUGUACUGAUAGAGGACUGGGAACAGAAACAGAUGUACAAAUGGCUGUAAGUCAAAGGGUAUAGGUGUACGAUGGAGAGCUAACAGCAUUAACAGAUAUACAGGUGGAGGUUAGUCAGUGAGUGCAGGUGUACUGAUAGAGGACUGAGAUGUGCAAGUGGAAGGGUACAGGUGUACUGAUGGGAAACUAAUGGCAUUAAUAAGUAUACAGGUGGAGGCUAGUCAAGAAGUGUAGGUGUACUGAUGGAGGACAGGCAUCAUAAAGAGAUGUUCAGAUGUAUGCAGGUCUGAGGGUACAGGACAAGUGCAUUGAUGGAAAGCUAACAGAAGGAGAAACAGGUAUACAGGUGGAGGCCAGCCAUUGAGUGUAGGUACUGAUGAAUGGCUGGCAGCAGAAGCAGAUUUAGAAAUGGAGGCCAGUCAGUGAAUGUAGGUAUACUGACAGAGGACUGGAAACAGAAACAGAUGUACAAAUGGAUGUAAGUCAAAAGGACAGGUGUAGUAAUGAAAAGCUAACAUCAGAAGUAGUAGAACUACAGCAGAACUUUCAACAUAUGCAGAUGUAAUGACAGAUGUCUGGCAGCAGGUGCAGUUGUACCACUGGAAGUCUGUCUGUGUAGGGAGGUGCACUAAUAGAGGGCUGUUAGAAAGUGCAGUUGCAGUAAUGAAAAGCUGUCAGGUGAUACAAGUAUUCAUACUGAGGGCUUACAGGCAGCACAGGUCUGCUGAUAAUGGUUAAUAUUGGAUAUAGGUAAAGUAGGUAUGUCAGCAAAUGCAAUGCAUUAAUGCAAGACUGCAAGGGUGUAUAUUACAUGAUCAAAAGAGUCAGUUCAUCGAAUGGCAUUUUACAGCGAAAAUGUCGUUCAGUGAACUGUUAUAGUGAGACCGUGGUACAGUGAAGAUUGGAAUAUUUUCACUUUCCUUACUGUAGUGCGAUCUUGCAGUUGGUAUAUAUAAUUAGCGGGGGUGUGGGUGGCACAGCCCCCCACAGUAGUGAGUUUGAGGUCCAGCAUUGUCGGCCUUUAUGCCAUUCGAUAUUUAGACUAUUCGGUGUUCUAAUACAGACCCGGACUGCAAAUGUCACAAGACUGCCUGCAAAUGAUGGUGUAUAUACAUAGCAUUGUUAUUAGAUGCAAGGAUGUAGGCAAAAGCUAAUGGUGAGUGCAGGAGUGCAGUCUCAGUAUUGGCAGCUAAUAUAUUAAUGAAGAGUUCUAGAGUCUACAGGUGUUCUAACUAGGUCAUGCUAUUAUAUGGAGAAACACUCCAGUUAUAAACAUAUGUAGUAAUAGUGACUCAGCUGACAGCAGAUGCUAAAAUGGGACUAUCAGCAGGUAUAGCAGACUUUAUGUCAGGCUCUUAGCAGCUGUACAUGUGUACAUGCUAAACUAACUGUGGGCAUGCUACAAGAAAUGUCUUCUAAAAAUGCAGUGGUGAAAUUUCCCACUCGCUAUCCAGGUAUGCAAAAGAGUGAAACCAAACUGCUGAUCCGGGGCCGGAAAUGAUAGUACUCAGUGGUCUACUCACAAGGAAGUCACAGGUAGGGCUAAACCCAAGAUCAAGGGAACUAGGAAGGAAAUGGAAUAGCAAAAAAUGUUUUAUUUGGACUUUAUCUUUGUGGUUGAUGUAGACAGCUACAUGGAAAGAUGUUGGUUUGAGGGAACAAGCUACUAGGUAAGUAGGGCCUGAAGUUUAUGCAGUAAGUAAUCUAAUCUUAAAUGUGUCUGUCAUUUCUCUAUUCACAGAGAAGCACCAUCAGAUGGCCAAAUGACAGCUCCUCUCCUUCCCAUUGAAGAAUAGGUGCUGACAUGGCAUAGUCAAUGGGGGUAUUCUACGGAGAAGGGAAAGAAAUGGUUAGAGGAAUGGUAAAAAUGAACAUGCUAAUGGUCCUCAUAUGAAAGUAGUCACAAGCACAGUACCCUGCGCAGUACAGGAAGGAAGGUGUACAGGGAAUUAUUGAUUAUAAUACACGGUCAGCAUUAUUUGAAAAGUUUUCUUUAUUUAUUAUUCAAAAAGCACUGUCUUUUUUUUUUUUUUAGAAGGA